CAUCCGCUUGAGCUCGCGUCUCCGCUCUUCUCAUCAUCGCAUCGCUUGCUACUGCGAGUGAAUGCCACGACUUGAGACUGAGCCCCACCAACAGCCGCGACGGUCAUGUCACAGGCUCAAACUCCCACGAAUGGCUCGGAUGGAGCGGCUGGCAAAGUCGCAGCUCCACCAAAUUCCAACGGCGCAACCCAAGCCGGUGCUACGUCAUCCGCUCAAACGGGCAGCAAUGGACCAGGCGGCGGAUCGCAGCAACCUCACGCUCAGCCCAAGACCCAACCAGGACUUUUUGCAAGAAGGUUCCCAAACGCUGCGGCUGCUGCUCAGAGGGCGAGACAGAGCGCUGGAGGUCAGGUCGCUGUGAAGGUCUGGAAUAACAGGAGGUACUUGGGUAUUGGAAUUGCUGUGACAUUUUUGGGGACGAGCUACAUCAGCGGCAAGAUAGCUCAGAUCAAACGGGAUCACGUAGCUGAUGAUUCCUGGCUGGUAUGGAAGAUCUACGAUGGCGCCAUCGUCGAGGCUCGAGGCCCCACGAGUCUGACGGCGCUGCUCGGCGGCGCAUCAGCAGGCGAGGAUGCUCCUCGCGUCAUGGAGCUGUACGAAGCCGUGCGGGCUCUCAAGUGGGCCAAAGGCGACUCUCGCAUCCGAGGGCUCAUUGCCGACUUCUCAGGCCUGCACAUUCCAGGAAGCUCAAGAGGUCCAGGGCUGGGGUUUGCGCAAAUCGAAGAAUUGACCCAAGCCAUACACGAUUUCAAAAUCGCAAAGAACGAAGAGCUGACGGAAAGGCAGAAGGGAUCAGCAGGCAAAAUUUUGCAGGUCGAGAUUACUAGGCCGGGACAUAAACCGGAGAUGAUGAAUGCCGACUCCCUCGAUGAGGAGCAGCUCGUCGCUUGGUUGUCCGAAGCCGACCCCAAGCUCAAGCCCGAGCAAGCAGAGGCCAAGGUCCAGCAGCUGCACAAAGCGGUGGAUCGUAUCAAAGCUUCGGCGGAGACAAAGGCAGCCACGAAGGUUGAAAACGGCCAGGGAGCGGCAGCUGGACCUGUGACGCGACAAUUGCCAGCCACGAUCGCCUGGACGGAUACGUUCAGCUCUCAAGGCGCGUUCCUGUUGGCGUCCGCUUUUGAUGAGGUCUACAUCCAGCCAUCCGGCUCCGUACCUCUCAGAGGUAUUGGCGGCAGCAUUACCUUUUUCCGGCGAGCAUUGGAAAAGCUAGGCAUCAAGCCUCACGCAGAAGCUCGGCGAGAAUACAAGUCGGUCGUAUCCCAAUACACGGAAGAUGGCACAUUGACCGAACCUCAGCUACAGAAUCAGGCUUCAUUGCUUGGUGACUUGAAUCGAGGAAUGUGCUUUGCGAUUGGCGUCAAUAGAUGGCCUGACAUGGACCCGGACGAAGCUGCUGACAAGGUCGCGCAACUAGUCAAGAAAGGACCCUUCUCGGCCAACGAGGCCAUCAAAGAAGGUCUCAUCACUGGUACGAUGUACAAGCGAGAGCUGUUCAAGCAAAUCGGAGGACAAGAAGCCAAAGUGAAGAGCUUCCCACUGUACUCCGACAUCAUUGAUCGCACACUCGCCAAGCGUUUACCGGACUCUUACAAGAAUCAGGUUGGCGUCGUAUACCUCUUAGGGGGCAUCAGUAGCGCUCCCGGGGACUUCACUGCCGCGCACGCCAUCAAGGGCCUUCGCGAGGCGUGCGAGGAUGAUGAAAUCAAGAGCAUCGUUCUUCGUCUGGACACCGGCGGAGGAUCUGUGGUAGACAGCGAUUCGAUCUACGAUGCCGUGAGGAGAUGUCAGGAAGAGUACGGCAAGCCUGUCAUCGCAAGCUUUGGAAACGUCUCCGCUUCUGGAGGGUACUAUGCUUCCGCUUCGGCAGACGCUAUCUUGGCAUGCGAGUCCACCAUCACCGGAUCCAUCGGCGUGGCUGGCCUCAGACCAACGAUUACGCGCAAAAUCUUUGAUCAGCUGGGCAUCUCCAUGCAGUCUUUCUUCACGGGCAGCAAGAACGAGUCGUUGAUGCAUGAGAUGAGCGAAGAGUACCGCAAGAGGAACGCAGAGCAUAUUGACGAGACCUACGACGACUUCUUAAGCAAGGUUUGUGAGGGUCGAGGUAUCUCUAAGGAAGUCAUCGAAGAGCUUGCAGGAGGCAGAGUCUACACUGGUCUGACGGCGCUCCUAAAGAGCAGGCCAGAGGAAGAGCUGAUGGGCGACGAGGCUGCCUCCGAGACUCCGAACGCGGCCAAGAAACCCGUGAAACUUUCCUUCAGAUAUCGACCCAAAGACAUCACGCGUCAAGGCGAAUUUUCGACCAUUGCCAUUGAAAGUGACGCUUCCGAAGAGCAGGCGGGCACUGCUUCUACCUCCGCAACUGCAUCUGCUACGGAGCAAGAAAAGCAGGACGAAGAUAUCGUAGCCCAGGCCGCUAGAUUGGUGGCUGAAGAGGAAGGCUCGAUCGCUCUUGCUGCUGCUUCAGAGACCGCAAUUGAUGGGGAGGCGGAAGACCAGCUGGCCGAGAAGGCUCAUCAGGUUGCCGAGGCUGAGCGUAAAGCUGAUGAAGAGGAGAAGGCUGCAACCGAAGGGGCUGCAGACGUGCCUAAGGGUCCGUAUGGACGAGGACUCAUUGAUACCAUUGGAGGCUUGGGCGAAGCUGCGGCUUUGGCGUUCGCCACCGAGGUCUCCAUUGAGAUUCAGAAGCUCAUUACUGAACAUAAGAUGACAAAGGAGCAGGCUAUGCAAGCUGUGAGACCCGGUCGACCACGCGUCAUUGACGAGUCGGGGCAAAUCAGCUUUGAAGGCGAUCUCGAGCUAGUGCGCUUCCCGCGGGAGAAGAACUUCUUGCAGAGAGCGAGAGAUAUACGGAUGGGCAAAGCGGAUCGACCCUCGGUGCUAGCCCUCUUUGGUUUCCCUGGUCUUACGGCAAUCGCAAAUGAGAUGGUAACCACGGCUGCUAGGUCUGCCGUCAGAAUGCUCAUUAACCUCGACAGCGAAGCGUGGGCUCGAAUGGUGGAGGAGGAAGUCGCGAAUGCGUCGAACGAGCAGAAUCGAAUGCGCGCUCACAUGAGGACCGGAGCUUGGGCUCGUCCUUGAUGUCCUGUGUCGCCACAGCACAAAAGGACCAAAGAAAUCGUCCACCCCUCAGCACCAAUAUUGACGCAUCGCUGCUCCGUGUCGGAGUACGCAAAUCACAGCAAGGCUCUGGUCAAUUAGAUGCAUGCAUAGUCUACUGCGGUGACUCGCUUGAUCUGCUACUUUCGCUGCAGAUCGUGUGGCGCCCAAGGUGAGAGAUCAACGAAAUCAGUCGAGGUCCAAUUCCUCUCCCCCAUCUCCGGCAGAUUCUUCGGUGUCUGGCCUCUGUACGCCCUUAGGUGCGGGCGGUUGCUUGACGAUGACUGGAGCCGGCUGCGAGCCACCUUGGGGUCCUCCGCCCAUCAGAGCUCCAAGCAUGUCCUGCAUAAAGUUUCCCUGCGGCUGAUUGGACCUGACGUCAAAGUAGAGCGUC